AUGGUGUCAAAUUUAUGUGUUUUCAGGACUCUGGAUUUGUCUUUCAACCUGAUCAAGACAAUAGAAAACUUGGGAUGUUUGACAAAAGUCAAGAAGUUGUUUCUUGUAUCAAACAAGAUUUCCAAGAUCGAAGGUCUUCAGAAUCUCUCACAGUUAGAGAUGAUUGAGCUUGGUGCCAAUAAAAUAAGGGUUCUAGAGGGAUUUGAAGGGCUCACACAAGUACACAGUUUAUUUGUUGGAAAGAAUAAGAUAACAAAACUAGAGAAUCUCAGUUGUCUCACAAACUUGAAGCUUCUUAGUAUACAGAGUAAUCGUAUCAUAAAGCUAGAAGGUCUGGACAGCUUGGUAAACCUAGAGGAACUUUAUAUUAGUCAUAACGGUAUUGAGGAAAUUGAGGGGCUGGAUAAUCUGACAAAUCUUACAACACUAGACUUAGCAUCUAACAGGAUAAAAAGGAUCAAGAAUGUCUCUCAUCUAGUCAACUUGGAGGAAUUCUGGUUUAACGACAAUCAGCUGGACUCUUGGGAAGAUCUGGACCAGUUCAAAAACUGCACCAAGCUACAAACAAUUUACCUGGAGAGAAAUCCCAUCUGGAAGGACACGACCUACAGACGAAAAGUUAAACUCGCUCUCCCGACUGUCACGCAGAUUGAUGCCACGUUAUGCGCUUGAAAGAUACUAAAAGUGCAAGAGUUGUAUAUAGUUAUCAGAGGGCUUAAGCAAUGACGACGGCGACCCCAAGGACAACGCCUGGUAAAAAGUGAAUUUAUUUUUUACCUUCGAAUU